AUGAGGUUAACCCGUGGCCAUAUGGCCUCAACCUUUAUCGAAACAGUUAAUAUCAAUUUGGAGGAUUUCUCUGAAACAUUUUUGACCUGUGCUACAUGCUUGUGCACUUACGAUCAGGAACAAAAAAAAGCGAAGCUUCUUUCGUGUUCUCAUACUGUAUGUUUGGAAUGUCUGCUACAUAUGGAGCAGCUGCCGCAGGUGAUUGAAACAGGUGUCGUGCGUUGUCCUCUUUGUCGUGAGAUGAUUACUAUACCUUCGGGUGGCUCGAAUGCAUUCCCUUCUUCAUUUCUCAUUAACCAACUUCUUGAUUUGAUGCAGAAACAGCGGAAAGACGUUGUACCCAACUGUUCAGUACAUCAACAAGAGCAACUGCUCUAUUGUGAGGCAUGCGAUCUCGUUUUUUGUCAACAUUGUGAUUCUCUUUCCACGCGUGACUGCUCUGAUCAUACAGUAAUUCCUUUUUCAAUUGCAAUAAAGCGCCUAUCGGAAAUUGUUGUAUAUAAAGCGAAUCAGUGUGUUGUAAGCUUGAAUACGGCUGCAGCUAAUGUAAAAUUCGAGACUUUGCAGUUGGAUCGAAAUGUUGAUAAUGUCGUAGAUGGACUAAAUGCAUCUUUUCAGGAAAUAUGUCAGUUGGUGGAGAAUCGACGUCAAAGAGAAUUAGGAAUUUGCGAAGUGGAUGUACGUGAAAUAGGAGUACGUGCGAGACGUGUUAUGGCAGCUACUGAAGAAGCACUUGCUCUAACAGAACCUCGUGAAAACGCUUUCUUGAAACUACAUAUGGAUACCAAAAAACUUCUAUUUGAGAUCGAGAAGUCACUUAGUCAGUUUGGCGCAGUAUCCGGUUCAACAACGUUUCCAGGACAGUGUGUUAUAGAACUGUUGGAUACAUCCGGUGUAUGUACGGAAACCCAUCUAAUGUUGACAACAUACGAUGUUAGCGGUAAACGCCGAAAUAAUGGUGGUGACCCAGUAAGAGUAGAAGUUGUGAAGGCGAAAUUGGGACGGCAAACUUCAGGUGAAAGUGUUGAUGAAAAAGUUGAAAUAAUUGAUGCAACAAUAAAAGACGAAGAGGAUGGAACGUACUCCAUUUGUUUCAAAGCUUACGAACCAUGUGAAUACUUGAUUUGUGUAACGAUUUUUGGUCGGCCAGUAAAAAAUAGCCCUUUUUCCGUAAAUGUAAGUAGCCAUCAUUGCCCAAAAUGGCAUUUCGGGUCUCAUGGAGCAGGAGCACUUCAGCUGAAUCAGCCAGUAAAAGUAUUUCAGGAUAUAAGGGAACAAAUUUAUAUUCUGGAUACUGGCAAUAAUCGAAUAAAAGUUCUGAAUGUAAACGGAGAAUUUCUGAGGGAUAUGAAAGGUGAGGGAAUCAAAGGUGGUAGUACCAUUGGCAUGUCAGUUUUACAGUCCGGUGAUAUUUUAACCUUAAAUUGGAGAACCAAAGAAUUAUAUAGAUCUGAUUCUUCUGGAGGACUUCUUCAGACCAUGAGUUUUACCGAAUUUGCUGAACCUGUUGAUCUUUGUGUUGACACCCAUGGACGAUACAUAAUUGCUGAUACCGCGUGUGCUAAGGUGUUUGUUUUUGAUAGUGCAUUUCGUCCACUGUUCAGCUUUAGCGUGACAACUCACGCAGGCCUGUCCCCCAUAACAUGUGUUUGUAUAGGUCUUAAUGAUGAUAUUCUUGUGGGUACCUGUACUGCUCUACUAUUAUAUGACGGAGGAGGCCAUUUUAUGCGUGAAAUAUCGUUAUGCUCAACCACACAUCCUGUCCGAAUUAUGGUUCUAGCAUGUUCUGUGUGUCCGCUAACGGGCAACAUUGUUUCGGCCGUCGUGGAUUCAAAGAAAAAUCGAGCCUACCUCGUUGUUUGCCAGUAUAAGGGUAAUUUCUUAUUUUCUAUGGAUAGUUAUGGAUCACGUCUGAAACGUCCCAGUGGUGUUUUUAUUGCUUCCACACUUAAGUGGAAUGGAAUGUGUUUUGUCGUUGAUUCAGCCACCCACUCUGUAAAGGCUUUUCGUUAUAAAUAG